AUACCUUCUCUUAAAAAUUGAUGUAUACAUUUUAACAUGUGGAUUUUUUAUUAUAGAUAAUAAUAUGAUAUUUCAAUAUUUUAAGGUCGUAACAGUUAUGAUUUACAUCAUGAAGAACAAGAAAAACCUGCAGCAUAUAUGGAAUCUAUUACUGAAAGGGAUAAUUUAGAAAAAAAUUCAAAAUUCAAUGAAUCAGAUACUACUACUGUUAUUCGACGAUCUCAUGUACGUGUUGAUCUUCAAGCUGCUGGUCUGGGACCACGACCACCAUCUGUUGUCAGCUCAGAUCAAGAAUACCCACCUUUAGAACAUAAGGAUAUACCAAUAUCUUCGCCAUAUGUAAAGAAAAUACAACAAAAUCAAGAAAUUUCUCCUCAAAAUAAUGAAAUUAAACCACAAGUAAAAAUAAAUAUAGAAGAAAAUACAUUAGUAAAAAUUGAUUCAACAAAAAGUUGCCAUAAUAAGAUAUCUCAAGAAAGUAAUCAAGAUCAUGUACGAAUAAAUUCAAUGAUUACAGAAGAAAAUCAAAAUAUAAUUUUAGAUAAUAAGUCAAAAUCAAAUAUUAACAAUGAAAAACAUACAUUUUCUGAAACUGUAUGUCAAAAAACAGUAUCCAAUGCCAAAAAUGAUCAAAUUAAAAUCUCUGUACGUGAAAAACUAGCAAAAAAUAAAGAAGAAGUUUCUGGAAAACGUUCAAGUUUUGCUGAAAUAGAUAAUAAAGUAGAUCAAACAGAAAAAGUUAGCUUAAACACAAGUCAAUGCUCAGUGUUUUCAAAUGUUCAUAAUACUGAAAAUUCAUCUGAAAAAUUGAAUGACAAAGAAACCGAAUUAAAUGAUGCUUCAUCACACUCAGAAAAUAUAUCUAAAUUUAUAUCAAAAACAAAUAAGAAGGAAUUUAUAACAUUAGCAGGUGAUGCAGUAUCAUCACCCAAACCCAAUUCUCAAACAAUAAGUAAUAUUUUAAAUAAAAGUACAGAAGAAUUAAAUCAACCACAAACAACAUGGGAGCAAGAGAAACAGAAGGCUGAACUGGCAAAGUUGAGAUUACAAGAAAAUACUUUUACAAAUACAGUUCAACAAAUUAAUAUGUCUCAAAAUGUAUCAUCUACUAUUGUAACUUUGCAUCAUACAGAAAAGAAACAAUUAAACGAACAUAUUAUAUCUGAAAGUAGUAUUCAUGAUGAUAGUGAUUCCAGUGAGACUAAAACUAUUACAAAUUUGGAGUAUAUAUCAACAAUGGAUGCAAAAAAUACCAUGGAAUGUAAUAAUUCUAAAACUAUUACAGAAAAUUUUUCUAAAGCUACAAAUCAAACAAUUCCUAUAACACCAGAUACUAUGACAGCUGAUGAAGCAGAAAAUUUAUUAAGUUCACGCAUCCUAGAAAAAAAAUAAGCAUCGUGAAUCACAUGAAUAAUCAAUUAGACAAGGAUCAGCUUUAUUAUCAGACGAAGAAGCUCAAGAAAUAGCAAGAUUAUUAUCACCCACUACACAUGCUGAAGUUGUAAGUGAAGAAUCUAUUGA